ACCCGGAAGUGCCUUGUUUUUAUUUUACAGCCAGCUGUCGGAUGAUGUAGCUGUGAGGUGUAGAUAUAGGUUCGUUUUAAAAAUAACAAUUAAUUAAAUACCCAGGUAGACAGAUAUCCACCGUGGGACCUGAGCUAGCAUUUCUGUCUUGCUCUUCGUCAUGGUGGAGCCUACGGCAUCUGGCGUGUUCUGCAACAGGAUGCUGAGCAUGGUCAACUCAGAGGAUGUUAACGCCAUUAUCCAGGCUCAGAGGCACAUGCUUGACCGCUUUGAGAAAACCAAUGAAAUGUUGAUCAACUUCAACGGCCUGUCUAAUGUGCGACUGCAGCAGAUGAACGAGCACUUCCUGCUCCACACCCGCACCCUUGUGGAGAUGAAGAAAGAUCUGGACGGCAUCUUCAGACGGAUCAGGACACUCAAAGGGAAGAUUUCUAAGCAGUACCCAGAAGCUUUCAGCAAUAUCAAUGAAUCACCAGUCCUGGAGGAUGAUGAUGAUGAGUUUGACCCAGUUCCCCCCAGUGUUGCAACAACAAUCACAACAGCCACCUCAGGGCAGAGCACAGAGUCAUGUGACACAAGUCCAGAUGUGAUCUCGCCCACUGUAAGCAGAUGCUCUGAAGAUCUCUCUCAAGAGCAACCUGACACGCCAACCUCCAAUGUUCUAGAAACCACCGUACUUCGAGACGAGGGUCCUGACUCUGUUCCAGCAGAAUAGAGUGAACAGUUCGGUUUCACUCACUGGAACCUGAGCUUCAACUUAAAUAUUUUAGCAGGAUAUGAUGUUGUGUAUUUAAGGUUGUGUCGACAAUAUAUGCUGACUUUUCCAGUCAUGAAUUUACCUGUUAGGAAGAGCAUCACAACUUUUAGAGGUGGUUGUGAAUCAUCUGUGAGGACUCUGGAUCUUUGUUGGUUCUAUGUUGGCAUUCCUUUGUCCAAUGCCUGCACAGCACUGAAAUAAUGCAGAUAAUACUUGAAGUGGUAUGGUACUUCACUAUAAAUAUAUCCAUAGUACUGACAGCGAACCUGUUACCAAUUAUGUAAUGAAAAACAUACUACAUACAUGCACAUAUAUAUGUAUGUAUAUAUAAGGUACCAUUGCCAAUAUUAUCACAUUGCAGCAUUAUCAUUCUCUAAGCCAAUACUAAUUUGUUCAGGUUUUCCCUUUAACUGGUUGCCUGCCUGUACAUUUCUUAAAGCAUUAAUGAGUGUUUUCAGCAACAUUUGAUGCUUCAUCAGUCUCUGCCACAGAUUUCUCUUUGUUUGGCUCCUUCAUUGAAGGGAGGCCAGGGAUUAGGGUUACUUGUCAGUGUCCCUGGAGCUGUCAGGCAUUCAGCAAACUGUUCAGGGACAUGUUAAUCUUGCUCUUUGUUAUGUGUGUGAAUGAUCCAGAAACUCUGCCAUGCACAUUAAUUUCUUUAAAGAGAAAAAUCCAGCCUAAAAUGGACUUAUUUCUGUUGUAUUUUUUUUUUUACAUUUGUUUUAAGAUAUGAAAAAGAAAGCAAAGGAACAAAAAGCAGGAAGGCAGGUGCUUUUGUGUUUGUGUUUUCUAUACCGUCCUAAAUCAGUGGGAAAAUAUACAUUUGUUCAUACAGUGGAUUCUACCUUUAAUUUAAAGUUAAUUUAAAGUUUUUGCCUCAAAUAUAUAAAUCUCUUUGUCAGUUAAAA